GUUUCGUGAGGGUGGCUGGAUUGGCGCGACUGCAGCUGUAGGGGAGCGCAAAACAACGUCUGUAGGGUACUGGACACUUGGAAUUGGUUCCAAGUGCAUUUAUAUGUGAGUUUCGGAAUACAGAAGCGAUAUGGAAGCGGAAGGCGAUUUCUGUGAUGAACUGUACGGCGAUUUCAGCCAGGGUCAUUCUGAUUCGCCUUUAGUCUACGAUGACAAUUCGGUGGAUAUCUACUCGGGGCUGGACGGUGAAAAAAGUCCCAAUAAUGCUGCAAGUGCAGAGAUAUCCAGCACGCUGUUCUCACCAGACAGGCUUAAAGAGUCUAUGGACUUGUAUGAAGAAUUCCUCACUGAAGAGGGGAAGAAAAAGGAGGCCACUUACAAUGACCUGAAGGCUAAACUGGGGGAAACACAGAAGCAGGUUAAAGAAUUGCUUGGGAGACUGCAGCAAGUCCAGACUCAGAACAUCGCUCUGCAUAACGAAAACGCACAUCUGAAGAAGAACAUAUGCUCCCUGCUCAAGACGGCUCGGAUGGAGAUCAUCCGCAAGGACGAAGAGAUCAACAGACUUAAUCAAAGAUCUGUUCGUGGCGGAUUCAGCCAUUGUCUUCCUCGGCCAAUGAUGAACAUUAGUAACAAGAGACGGAGUUACACAGAACCACAAGCACCUGUUGGAACAUAUGAAACCCGAGUUAACUGCACUUCAAGGGAUGCAUCUCAACAGAUGCACAAGGACAAUACUUCUAGUCACACAGAUGGAACUUUGAAUAUAGAAAACUCUGUUAUAAUACCCAGCCCUCAUAAUAGUGCAGGGUGUAGUGUGAAUUCACUAGUGUCCAGUAAACACGCUGUUUCAACUGCUGACAGCUGUAGUAAGGACUCAAGAAGCCUGGUGCCUUUAUGCAGAGAGGAACUUGGUCUGUCCAACAAGUCUUGUUUAGAAGAUGACAAGAGACAGAAACCACCAGCAGAACCUCCAGAAAGCAGGAGAGCAAAGCUCCGGUACCCCGAAGAAAAGAAUAAGGUUGAUAAAGAUUUGAACAAGGCGGAUCAAACGAAAGACAGGGAAAAACCAGACAGAGAACCUAGAGACUCCGAUAAAGAGAGUAUGAAAUACAGCCGAAGGAGAAGCCAGUACCCGGAGAGGGUUUCUGAGCUACCCAGGAGAUCUGGAAGAGGGAAAAGCCCCCCGUUUGAUAGCUCUCAGCAGGCGACUGCCGAUUCACAUGGUUCAAAGGGCCGCGUCAGAGACGGCGAAGUUCAGACGAGAAACAGCAGUCGGGAUAAGAGACAGAGCCAAGACCAGGAGCGCUCAGAGAAAAAGCAACAUGAGGCUGGUGGCAAGGAAGGAAAGACCGCAUCGAGCUCACAUCAAAAUCGCCACCGAGACAAACUUUUAAGUUCCUCCUUAAGCAGGAAGGGGGACAGAAGCCCCCUGAGAGAGGAGCACAGGAAAGAAGAGAGGAGGAGAGAUGACGCAAAAGGGAGACGGCAGGAGGCUAGCAAGAAGCACGAGAGAGCAAAAGAAAAGCAGAAGGAUAAAAGGGAGAGAAGUUCGGAAGUAAGAAAAGAUGAAGAGAAAAGACCGUCUGAUUGCUCUCCUAAAUCUAGUAGGCACAAGGAUGUCUCUUCUUCUGGCAGGCAUUCUCCUGUUAAAGAAAGCCGCACACCAGUGGAGAAAACAGUUGUGGACAAAAGCGUCAAGCAGAGGGAGAAGGAAACCCAAGCAAACACAGUGGACAAGUUAGAGACUGUUGUCAGGACUUGUGAAGGUGAACAUGUAAAAAGCCCUGAAGACAGUAGGAAGUUUAAAAAAUUAAGCUUCAUGGAAACUCUGAAUCUCACUCUUUCACCCGUGAAGAAACCAAAACUUUUCACUGAAAGCUUGGAACCAAGUAACUGUGUUACAGAAGAGGGAGUUCCGGAGAGUCAAGUGGAACAGCCCAGUUUGUUUGAGUUAGGGGAGAAAUAUUGCGUCAUAGAUGAGAUUGAAACUAGCAGUGAGUCUUUAGAACAUGCAGAGGAGGUUAUUGGAUUUCAGGCAGAGAUCAGUUCAAGCUGCACUGCAACCGAUCCCAUAGAGAAACCUUCGUCCACUGCACCACUGAGUACCGGAGGGCAAUGUGGGACACCUCAUGAAAAGGAACAAGUCCAGCUCAACGUCGCCAAUAUACAUCCGGAGUGUGAAGCGGGAAGAGAGCUGGAUCAAGAAGUAGCCUCGGAGACUGCUGAAACAGAAGUGCCUGAUGAAAUGGAACUGGAGGUCAAAAGUACUGAAUCGGAGAAAAACCCAGUUCCCAGUGGUUCCGACUCCCACACAGAAAUUCGGGGCUCUGACUUACUUUUAAAACCGCCCAGUGAGUCUGUUAAUUGUGAUUCCCAAAGUGACGCUUCGGUUCAAAGUCUAGCUGUGGAUACUGAUCACCAUGCAUGGGAACCUCAGCAUUUAAAAGAGAAAACUUCAGAUUCCAAAGCCUGUGAUUCAGUAGCCCAGGAUACUCAAAGCCUGAUGGAUGCAUCUCAGGAAAACUGUGAGGCACAGAACAGUGUUAACUCAGAGAGCCAGAACAGUUCAGCUGUUAUACAGACACAGACCGUUACAUUAGAUGACGCAAACAGCCCUGUUACUGUUGGCGCUGGUGUCCAGGAUGCUACACUGAACACAGAAGACAGCAACGCUACGGUGUCCAGUACCGUCAGCAUAGAAGUGGAAUCUCAGAGUUCUUUCAGUGCUGCAGCUGUUUCAGACACGGGUGAAUGUACUGCUCCUUCUUGUUCGGUUGCCGCAAAAGAAAAAGGAAAAGAAACGCCUGACGCCCAUCUCAGUCCGCAGAAAGUACAAGUCCCAGAUGUGCCCAGAUUGAGCUCCACCUCGGCUGCUGAGAUGGUGCCUGCAGACGAGGGUUCGGUUAGUUCUUCCAAGCUGCAGGAACCUUGCCAGAGCUCGGAAGAGACGGAAAGGACCAGCCGUAAUUUAGAACCAGAUUCUACCAAAGAUGAAAAACGGGAUCUUGAGCCGUCUGCCCCGGAGCCAGUGUCUGACCGGCUGGCAGAAAUUCAGCUUUGCGAUGAAGACUCCAUGAUGGGCGCACUCAAAAAUAUCCCAAAAAUGCCUGUAGCUAUUAGCCCCCUCACAAGUCCUGUCCGGCCUGCCAAGAGAAGUCUAGGGCCUUGCUCACCUAGCAAGGCACCGUAUGUUAGGAGUCAGAGCAAAGAGCUAUCCACUGUGCCUGGGAUCUUCACUUUAAACUCCAAAAUGAUGGAAGUGAACAAGGAGAAUCAGAAACCAGACUGCAGUUUGCUGCAAGACCCAUUAAAAGACACUGAGGACACCCCACCUUCCUCUUCUUCUUCAGACGAGGAAGAGUUAGAGGAAGGAGAGAUAGUCAGCAACAGUGAAGCAGAAGAGGUUUCAGUCAUCACCAGUCCCCAGCAGGGUAAACAGAGUCCAGAGAAAAGCAGAACAAAGUUAUCCAGCCCAGAAGAACCGACUCUGCCAAAGAGGAAGCAUGCUAAGAGCCCACCAGUUUCUAAAACAAUCCCUGCCAAGAAAAAUAAAACCAUCUCUCCUACACCUAACGGGUCACCUUCCAACAAGAGACGCUUUCGCACAGUUCUGCCUUUUUUGCCCAAAACAGAUCCUUCCAGUAUACAUGAUGUCAUGGACAUGUUAAAAUUCAUACGCAAGCAAAUACGGAAAAAAUAUAUGAAGCUUCAGAAAAGCUUUCCGAAAAAAACUUUCUACAGCAUCAUUGACAUGUCUCUUUGGGAGUUUACAGACUUUGUUAAUAACCUGAACUGUACUAAACUCUGCAGCCUGGAAAACAAUUUGAAGUCCAGGCUGUGCAAGAUUAUUUCAACCACUCUCAAAAAGAUUUCCAACAAUGGUAUAGUGAACCGCAUCUUUGAACAGCAGGCCCCUAAUCUUAAGAAAAAGCUUUGGAUGUUUGUCGAAGAUCAGUUUGAUUUCUUAUUCAAAGAACUCCAGACUAAUCUCGUCAACAUGUGCAAAUCCUCUGACCCUGAAGUAUCAAGCACAGCAAGAAGGAAAGUAGAACAGAAGAGAAAUAAAGAAGAGCACCAGGCAACAAACUCUCCAAAACUAGUUUCCAAAGGCAAGGAAAAAAUAGCUGUAUCUGAAUCUAAAACACAGGAAUUUAAAAUUCAGUCCUCAACCAUGAACUCUAUGAAAAGAGGCUUAGGAAGCAGAGGCAAAAAUCUGAAAAUUGCCAUGGAGGAUGAAAUUCAUAAACCAGAAGAGCAGUGUAGUCCGUUGAUCCCAGAUAAGCAAGACUCAGCAGUUGUUAGCAAACACUCUGCAGCCAUGGCCCCCAAAAAUGUGUCUUCAACAGAAAGCCAUUGUCGAACCGUCCAUAAUAGUGCACUCCAUGAUAAGUCAGACUAUGAGAUCCUUACAGAGCAACAGGCAUCUAGCCUAACCUUCAACCUUGUUACAGAUUCUCAAAUGGGUGAAAUCUUUAAGUGUUUGCUACAAGGUUCAGACCUUUUGGAGCACAAUGUUCCUGGGGGAGACAACCAUAACUGGCCCAUUAGCACUCCUCGAAAAGAACCCCCCUGUGGGGAGAGUUUUGUGGGGUUGGCCACUCCAAGUAAGACUUUAACACCCCUAAAAACGGCAGCACUCAUCCCUUGGUCAGCCAUGACCCCGGAGAAAUUCCUGUCUUUGAGCCCUAAAACGGGGGUUCCCUUGAAUCCAGCUGUGCUGGAUGAGAGCUGCAUGCUGGAAGACCCAUCUAAUAUGCUUUUUAACAAAGCUGCACCAUCCUCUACUGUUACCCUCAGAUCGUAUUCAGUUUUGGCUGAAGAUCUAGCAGUUUCUCUCACCAUUCCUUCUCCUCUCAAAUCGGACAGCCACUUAAGCUUCCUACACCCCGUAAACGGAGCAGCCCCACUGGCACCAAAUAGUGUUCUUAGAGCCCAUUACAGCGAAGAUGCCUUACUGGAUGAAGAAGAUGCAACUGAGCAAGAUAUCCACUUGGCCUUGGACUCUGACAACUCUAGUAGUAGGUCAGAAGGUGGCAGCACGAGGCAAGAAGAUCCACCAAGUUUCCAGUUUAAACCCCAUUUGCCCAUGCAGGCAGUAGUGAUGGAGAAAUCAAAUGACCAUUUUAUUGUCAGAAUAAGACACACUUCCACUGGGCCGGAUCAGGAUGCUCCAAGCGAUGAAAAUGAGCCACUGAACGCCUCUGAAAAUUCGGAAGUACAACCAGGUAACGCGUGCCCAAGCACGGCUGUGGCGUCUUGUUCUGACGCCCCUUGUCCGAGUCGUGAUGGAACAGAUGCCUCCCUCACUGACAAAACUCCGUCAGAGCUCCCGGCUCCAGGCGGCAGCCCCCUCGGUCAAGAGGUCGACUUGCGCGGUGGAAACGGUGAGCAUAUACCCGGGGACCCUGCAAAGAAAUUACCGGACCCCCAGGAAGAUGACUCCGCUGGAGCUUCUGAAGAGCCGCCCCUUCCUGACGAGAACGGCGGGGAGGCCGGUCAGGACUGUAGCGACGACCGCGUCGCCAAGAAACGGAAGAGGCGUCACUCGGCGCCGAAGGCAAAGAGGGCCAAGACGGACGCGAGCCCGGAGAGACGCGCCACACCGAAGAAGAGGAGGAGGUCCAAGGAGAACGUGGAUAAGGCGCGGAAGUCCCCCAAAACCAAGGCGAAGGAACGAUCUUCUCUCGCGGUGUCGCCUAACAGCCUUUCCGCCAAGAACGUCGUCAAGAAGAAGGGCGAAGUGGUGGUGGCGUGGACCAGGGAUGAUGAUCGCACUAUUCUGGUUGAGCUCAAGAGGAAAGGUGCUUCUGAAGAAACCUUCUCUUCUCUUUCUGCAGAUCUAAACAAGUCACCAUCUCAGAUUGCCGAGAGGUUCUGCCAGCUGAUGAAACUCUUCAAAAAGAGGGAGCGAAUGAAAAACUGACUUCCUUCAGGCCUUGUGGGAAAGGCAAUGACAGCAGGAUGAAGCAGUGUGGAGUUUCCACAUGUGGAAGUGAGAAUGCAGCCACAGAAUCACAGUAUUGGCGGCAUGGGUCAGGAACACUGUGGCUUGGAAGACUGUGCGUCUCACUGCCUGUCCGUGUUCUGAGGACGCAGGAAGUAAGAAGGUGGAUCUGCGUGGGUUACUGAUCUACAGAUGCACACGCCUGUAUCCUCAGGAAAAAGAAAGCAUCACAGUCCUACAAGGACCUAAAAAUUACAAGGGCUUUUGAUGCUGUGCUACACAGCACAAUGGGAAAGAUGUAUUUUCUGUGGCUUUAAAAUGGCUUUUUUUUUCUCCAGGACAUCUGGCUAAACUGAAAGUGCAUUGCCAGAAAAAAUCUGUAAAGAAACUCAAGAUCAAGUUCAGCACUGAGAACGACAGGAGGGGGAAAAAAUGUUUAGCACAAACCUUUGUUUCUUCAGGUGUUGAAAAGGCUUGAACUCGAACUUCAUAAUGGCAUGAAGAUACACAGAAUUCUGAGAGAGGCAGAAAUCAUUCCAGCUGAAUACUGUAAUGAAAUUGUGUGAAAUGAUGACACCUAGUGGGGUAAAAGAAACAAGAUGUAAUGUUUUUGAACGAAAACGUUUUUCAGUUUUAAAUGACUGAGAAUCGUAGUGCAUUUUCAAGUACUGAAUUAACUGAAACAGCUGUAUAAUGUGAAUUUCUCAUAAGCAUUGCACUUUUGGCAGAUUGCGAAAAGUGUGCUGAGAUAUUUGUUAAAGUUCUCAAACCUAGUUAAUCUGCAUUGUCAGUCCCUGGAGUUACUGUAUAUCUGCAGGCUUGAUUAUACUUCAUUUAGCUGCUUUUUAAAAAUAAAUUCUACCUCAUUUUGAUUUUUCUAUCAAGACCCACAAAGCUUAACAGGAUGUCCUAUUUUGAUUAAUGCACAUGCUUUUUAGCAGCGUUGUUAGAAGAGCAGUGCAUGCAAUUUCAAAAAGACAGCUGAAUGUUUUAAACAGCUUUUAGUUAGGGAAUAACUUCAGUUAACACUUGAAUGAUUUCUACUCAUUUACUUUGCUAUGAAAGUGCAUUGGCUUUGAAGUUUAAAAUUUAAGUAUUAACGCAGCUAAUAAAUUGUCUGCAAACUACAGAGACGGAAUUCUUCCAUCAUGUUUCAUUAUGCUGUGUCUCAGUAUGUUUUUAAAUCACUUUUCAUUGCUGGACCAUACAAAUGUCAGAAUCCACAGGUUCACUGACUAGACUUUCAGCAUUCAGCCUUACAGUUGACAUUUGCUCGUAUUUUAUUUCGGUAUGUGUUUAGAAACACCAUGCUGGAUUGUAUCCCAUAAGGUUCAAGUGUCAUCAAAUGAGGAUAUUUAUUGCCCAUUCUAAAUAUCUGUGCUCACAUAAUGAAAAAUAUUCAGGUAGUACUUUAGACAUUUGGAAAAUUAGUUGAAAAGUAUGCAUGUUUUUUCCAGUUUUUGUUUGUUUAAAACAUGGUUAAAUACUUAAAAAUGGCACUGGAAAUGACUUUCUGGGUUUUAUGCCCAGUUUUCUUUGUUAAUGGUGUCAAAUUGUGAUGUCAAAAUUAUCUUUUGACUAUCCAGGCUUUCUUGCUUUCUGAAGUUUUAACUGAUGUUUUUAAGCCAGUCUUCUUUUUAAAGUUUAUAUUUGAAAAAUGCCAAGCAAUAUAACUAAAAAUGUUAACUUGUAUAAUACAACUGCUGUGUAAAUACUUGUACAUAAAAUAUAGGGAUUUUUUUUCUGUGUAAAGUUGCUUUUUUAUUUCAAUUGCCAUUAUCUAUUUUGUGUACAUUUUGAUAACGUUGAAGAGCAGUAAGACUUAACUCAUCAGUAUCUGAAAUUUCUGUUCAUUGCAAUCAAAGCCUAACUGUGAAUGUUGUAUAUAUUUUUCAUAAUGUUUUAAAAUAAAUUAAUUUAUUUCUGCUGA